AUGGCGCAGUACAACAUUGUCGUUUUCGGGGGUGACCAUUGCGGUCCAGAGGUUGUUGCCGAGGGUAUCAAGGUUCUCAAGGCCAUUGAGGAGAACAGCCCCUCUACUGGUACCUUCAACAUCCAGGAGCACCUGAUGGUGCUCCAUCAAUGCCCACGGCACCCUCUCACCGACGAGGCCCUCGAAGCGGCCAAGAACGCCGACGCCGUCCUCCUCGGUGCCAUCGGCGGCCCGGAAUGGGGCACCGGCACCGUCCGACCCGAGCAGGGUAUCCUCCGCAUCCGCAAGGAGAUGGGCACCUACGGUAACCUCCGGCCCUGUUCCUUCGCGUCCGACUCGCUGGUGGACGCGUCGCCGCUCAAGGCCGAGGUGUGCCGAGGCACCGACUUUGUCAUUGUGCGCGAGCUCACGGGCGGCAUCUACUUUGGCGAACGCAAGGAGGAUGAGGGCGACGGCAAGGCGUGGGACACGGAGCCCUACUCGCGCGAGGAGAUUGAGCGCGUGGGCCGGCUGGCGGGGUUCCUGGCGCUCAAGCGCGGAGACAGCACGGUGUGGAGCUUGGACAAGGCCAACGUGCUGGCGACGAGCCGGCUAUGGAGGCGGCACCAGCUCAUCGACAGCGCGGCCAUGAUCCUGGUCAAGAACCCGCGCGGGCUCAACGGCGUGGUCGUGACGAGCAACCUCUUUGGCGACAUCAUUAGCGACGAGGCGAGCGUGAUUCCCGGCAGCAUCGGCCUCUUGCCUAGCGCGAGCUUGAGCGGGAUCCCCGACGGCAAGUCCAAGUGCAACGGCAUCUACGAGCCCAUUCACGGCUCUGCCCCCGACAUCUCGGGCAAGGGCGUCGUCAACCCCGUGGGCACCAUUCUGUCCGUUGCUAUGCUUCUGCGCUACUCGCUCAACCUCGGCAAGGAGGCUGAUGCGGUCGAGGCUGCGGUGAAGAAGGCCAUUGACGGGGGCGCGAGGACCAAGGACUUGGGUGGAGAGGUCGGGACCAAGGAAAUGGGUGACGCUAUUAUCAAGGAGCUCGUUGCCAUUUUGAAGAACUAG